AAAAUUGUGACCAUUGAGGGCACUACUUGUGUUCGGAUUAUUAAUUUUGGAUUUUUAAGUUUUAACUGAAAUAAUUUAAAGAUUAGUACAUUUGUUUUUAAUUUUUUCGUUCUAGAUUUAAUUAACAAUCUUCAAAUCAAUUAUAUUUGUUACAAAUUUGAAUGAAGAGUGAUUGAUUUGACUGUUGUAUCGAAACAAAUUUGAAACGUUCCAGUCUGAAGUGUGUAGCUAGCUCGAUAUAACUGUCAAUCUGGGUGUAGAAAUUUAUUUGUAAUUUUCACCGGUUCUCAUGUGCAAUUUCCGAAUGUGUUAGACUAUUUUUAAACCACCAUCCCUUGCGAAAUAAUGUUAUUUAGUGUAUGUGGUGUAUAAAACUGUGCAAAAAUGGAUGAAGGCUCAAUAAAAAUUCAGUCCGGGAUCAACAUCAACAUCAAAAGAACAGAUGGCCGGAUCCACUCCGCCAUAGUGUCGGGCGUGAACCAUGAGUCUCGCUCGGUGACGGUGGAGUGGUACGAGCGCGGGGAGACCAAGGGCAAGGAGGUGGAGAUCGACGCCAUCCUCGCGCUCAACCCGGAGCUCGGCACCCGCCAGCCCACGCCGCACCUGCAGCCGAUGCCCAACAGACUGGCCAGAGAACCUUCGGGCUCCUCUUCGGACGACGGCGGGUUCCUGCGUGAUGGCGGCGAGUGCGAGACAGCCGGCGACUCGGGACACACUAUGCCCGUGCGCAACUCGAGAUCGGAUAUGACACGGCAGUCAAUACCGGUUGCUACAAAAGCGCCGACGCGCGUGACGCGCAACAACCAGAUGCGCGUGUCGAACGCGGGCGGCGCGUACACCAACGGGCACGGCGGCGACACGACGGGGCGGCGCGGCGCCGAGAACGUGCCGCCCGCGCAGCAGCCGCCGCCGCCGCAGACCAACACGAGGCUCACGCAACAGUUCAACCCUCCAGUGUCGUCGGCCAGGCCGGCGGCGGUGGCCAGCGCCGUGUCGGUGCCGCACGCGGUGGCGUCGGGCGCCGUCCGACGGUCCAACGUAGUGAAGGAGGUGGAGCGGCUGAAGGAGAACCGGGAGAAGAGGCGGCAGAGGCAGGCCGAGCUCAAGGAGGAGAAGGAGGCCCUCAUGAACAUGGACCCCGGCAACCCGAACUGGGAGUUCCUGGCCAUGAUCCGCGACUACCAGAACACCAUCGAGUUCCGGCCGCUCACCGGCAACGAGCCGGUGGAGGACCACCAGAUCACCGUCUGCGUGCGGAAGAGGCCGCUCAACAAGAAGGAGAUGAACAAGAAAGAGGUGGACGUGAUAAGUGUGCCGACGAGAGACCAGAUGAUAGUCCACGAGCCAAAGAACAAAGUGGACCUCACGAAGUACCUCGAGAACCAGAAGUUCCGAUUCGACUACGCCUUCGACGACUCCUGCACUAAUGAAGUUGUUUACAAAUACACGGCCAAGCCGCUGGUGCAGACGAUCUUCGACGGCGGCAUGGCCACGUGCUUCGCGUACGGACAGACCGGCUCGGGCAAGACGCACACCAUGGGCGGCGACUUCCAGGGCAAGAUGCAAGACUGCAAGAAGGGCAUCUACGCGAUGGCGGCGCGCGACGUGUUCAUGUACCUCAAGUCGCCCAAGUACAAGCCGCUCAACCUCAUCGUCUCCGCGUCCUUCUUCGAGAUAUACUCCGGGAAGGUUUUCGACUUACUGGCGGACAAGGCGAAGCUGCGAGUGCUGGAGGACGGCAAGCAGCAGGUGCAGAUCGUGGGGCUCACGGAGAAGGUGGUGGACAACGUGGACGAGGUGCUGAAGCUCAUCCAGCACGGCAACGCGGCCAGGACGUCCGGACAGACGUCCGCGAACUCGAACUCGUCGCGGUCGCACGCCGUGUUCCAGAUCGUGGUGCGCUCGCCCGGCAUGCACCGCGUGCACGGCAAGUUCUCGCUCAUCGACCUGGCGGGCAACGAGCGCGGCGCCGACACCUCCUCCGCCAACCGCCAGACGCGCAUGGAGAGCGCGGAGAUCAACAAGUCGCUGCUGGCGCUGAAGGAGUGCAUCCGCGCGCUGGGCAUGAAGGGCAACAACCACCUGCCGUUCCGCGUGUCCAAGCUGACGCAGGUGCUGCGCGACAGCUUCAUCGGCGACAAGUCGCGCACCUGCAUGAUCGCCAUGAUCUCGCCCGCCAUGUCCUCGUGCGAGCACUCGCUCAACACGCUGCGAUACGCCGACCGAGUGAAAGAACUUGGGACUUCGGAAGGCACGCGCGGUCGCGCCGAGUCGCCGCUGGCCGACGUCGAAAUGGAGCCCGCGCACGACGACCUCGCGCACCUGCGGUCGCUUAAUGAAGGCGAUAUGUCAGCGGAGAUGUACACGUUCCACGAAGCGAUCGAUGAGCUGCAGCGCGCCGAGGAGGAAGUGCUGGACAACCACAAGGCUAUCACCGAUUACCUACAACACGCGUUACAGCGCUGCAGCGCUUUAUUGACGCUGACGAGGGACGUUGACUAUGAUCAGGAUGCGUACGCGACGCAAUGGGAGGAGCUACUGAACGAGCAGCUCGCCGUGCUGGCACAGUCGCGCGACCUGGUCGCUGAGUUCCGUUCGAAGAUGCAACAGGAGGAGCACAUCUCGCGCCGCAUCCACCCGCCCCGCCCGCACUAGCGUGCGGGUGCGUGCGUGCGUGCAUGCGGUGUGUGAGCGUGCGUGCGUGCAUGCGUGCGUGCGUGCGUGCAUGCGGUGCGUGCAUGCGAUGCGUGAACGUGCGUGCGUGCGUGCACGUAGUGUCGAUGUCUCGAAAUCACUCAAGUACGAUUAUUAUUCGGGCUGAUGUAAAGCUGGUCAGAUGGCGCCAUAACAUGUUCGCGUUAUUUUUACAAUGAAGAUGUUUGUGACUUGUUUUUGAUAAAUACUUCUCAUAAAAAAAAAAUCGAUAGUCCACAAGUACUGUACAGGUGGACUGUUUCGAUUUUUUUCGAUGAGAAUUUAAUGUAGGAUUUGGUAUAUUAAUUAAUUAUUAUUCGUUGUUUUUUGUUGUGUUGUUUGUUUCUGUUAUACACGUGGUGUGGUUUCAAAGUCAAAUUACACCAAGUUGAAUUAAAUCUGCGAGGGUUCCGUGUAUAUUAGAAUUUUUUACACACCAGACCUAGCAAUCUAUUUUAUCUAUGUUUUUACGUUUGUUUGUAUAUUUGUUAUUCGAAAUCAGGGAUGUUUGUGCGUGUUGAAAUAUUAGAAAGUUAUUUUACAACAAUCUUAUUUCAAUGACACACAUGUUUGAUUUAACAGAAACAAACACAUAAAUAUGAUUGUACAUAAAGUUUAUAUAAAUGAGUUAUAACCAUUUCCUUAUCAAGUAAAAUUUUCAGUCCACAAGGUAGACAUUUUUAAAUGAACAGUGGCGCCAUCUCUAGACGCUUAAAACGCGAGCCCAAAAUUAGAUUAUUAUAUCAUUUGCCAUGUUAAAAUUUAACUUUCAUAAAAUAUAUUUAUGCAACUGAAAACCAUGUCAAAUGACAGAAGGGUCAAAUGGAAAUCAAACUGUGUAUGUAGUCAAGUUACACAUCGAUUCUCUUACUACAAAUGCUAACGCUACUUUUUUUUAUCACACUAUAAUCAUAAUAUCUACCGAUAGGACGUUUGUGCUCGAUAGAUCACGUGCGACACCUAUCAGUAGGUAUGUCAUCCGCAUACAUUUUUUUAGUUUUGUAAGAGUAGCGUUUGUAGAAAGAGAAUCGAAGUGUAACUUGGCUAGAGCUAGUUUCAUAAAGGGGACGCUAUAUUACGCUGCAUUUUUAAACCGUGACGAAAGUAUUAUCAAAUGAAUAACAUAAUUUUCAAAAAUCGACUAAUCUUUUACUAGACACCACCACACAUUGUACUUUUGUAUUGUCUAUGAAGUGAGUUUAGGUGAAUUUUUAUUGUGACGUCACUUGUUUCACUUCAUAGACAGAUGAUUUUCGCUCUAUGUAGUGUGCGUACAUGCGACCAAGUGAAGACUAAUAGACAAAAUGUCGUCCAAUGGCGGCGAGCCUGUCCCAGUCCCAUCUUUUUCAUACCAACGCAAUGGAAAGGGAUAGCGUUAUUUCCGGUUGCUUUUUCUGUAUUUCUCUUCAAGAGAUUAUCUCGCAUGUUAGCGCAGUAGUCCUAACAUUCGAUCCAAGAUAUUUCGUGAUAACAAAAUGACAUAUUGUUGACCAACAGUGCUGAAAUUGAUAUAUAUCCGUCUCUCUUUCGUUGCGAUAGGACGAAAGAGAAAGCUGUAUUUAGGGCUUGGUCGCCCACUCUGCAUUUUGUCUGCAUUAUGUCGUGGGUCGCACGUAAAGCCUACUUCGGCUUGUGAACGAAUUGUUAAAUUGAAUGUAAACGGUAAGUAACCUAACCUAACUCAGCGGUUGCGUUUACGUGAAUGAAUGCUCUCUAAAUAUAUAAUUGACUGGAUUGUACUGUCUCGUGCGCGAACGACUUCACGAAUAGGGAUUCCGAACGGUUUGAAAUAUGUUAUUAUGAAAAAUUAUGUGAGAUCAGCUGUUAUAUAUUUAGUCAUAAAUAAUAGUGUAAGAGCCCGUGAACGCCAGACCUUCGUCAUUUUAUCGAAGCUGAAAGUUUGACAGCUCAUGCUCCUACCAUAAGUAAGUAUAAAGUUUGGACUGUGAUGGCUUUGGGAGGUAGCAGGUUUUAAGGAUCCAGACCAUCAACCGUCUAAGUAUAAAUUGUAUUUUGUUUUAUAUGUUUCUCUCGGCAUAAUAUUAUGAGAAAAUUUAUUCACAAUCUCCAGCCACUCAGCUUCGCAGCAACCAUUCGGAAAACACUAUUUCAUUUGUAACUUCAAGGGUGUCUAGCGAAAUGUUGCCAUGAAGCCAAGUGUUUGACGAAUGGUGCUAACAUUUCUCAAAUUAUGCCGAUAAAAAUAUAAAAAAAUAUACUUAUACUUAGUGGUUGAGGGUCUAGAGCUAGAUCCUUGAAACCUGCUAUCUACUAUGGUCCAAACUCCAUAGUUGGUUAUGGUGCUUAUCUAAAGUAGGAGCAUGAGCUGACAAACUUUCAGCUUUUAUAAAAUGACGGAGGUCUGGGUGUUGCUGGCUCUCUGUCUAUAAUGUUAUAGACUGGCAAGUUUGUUGAUAACACUCCCAUGAUAUGCGGGCGACAGGGGGAAAGACUGCGCCGGAUGUGAAAUCGUGCGGGGAAUCAUUUGCGGGUUUUCAUACACGCCCCCCGGCCUGCGCGGAACAUCGAGAGUGUUACGAACGAAGUGCCAAGCUAUAAUUGAUACUGUGGCUAUCCUGUGUUUUUUUUUUAAUUUUGUUGUAUGUACCGAUGUAAGAUCAAAUUAUUUGUAUUUUGCUUCCGUUUUUCGAUUGUAUCGUUGUAUCUAAAGUUCCUAACAAAAAAUAAUUAUGUAUAUAAUCUGUUUGUGGGAAAAUCAAUUAUAGACUACGAGCAUGCAUACAGACAUACCGGCCUAAGCGGCGCAGUGGUGUGCGCGGUGGAUUUACAAGACGGGGGUCCUAGGUUCGAUCCCCGGCUGGGCCGAUUGAUGUUUUCUUAAUUGGUCUGACUGUUUGUGGCCGUGGUUUACCACCCUACCGAUAAAGACGUGCUGCCAAGCGAACCAGAAUUCAGAAGAGAUGCAUUUUGUGCAAACUGCACACCCUAGAUAAACACCUUGUGCACGCCACUACGUAUGUCUGGCUGUUGGUGUUGUAUUUGUCACUGAUGUUGAUCGUCAAACAAAAAUAAUUUGUUGAUUAUUCAAUUGGCAAAAAUGAAAUAACAUUCGCAAUUCGCAGAAAAUUGUAGUUUUAAAUUAUGGAAGGUUUAAUAAAUACGUAAUAAAUAGAUUCACCGGUAGAAUAUCAAUUUUGAAAUCGCGCGUCUAGGACCCAGUCUGUGUUUUUUUUUUAAAUUAUUCAAAGACUUCUGAAUAUGUAUUAUGUUUGUUUAUCUUGUUACGUUUUACUGAUGCAUUUAACUUUGCUAAUGGCCUACUCUAUGAUAACGAUACUCUAUGGUAGAUAUUAUUGUGUAAUUAAUGUCUUUAAACAUGGUGACGUUAUGGAUUGGGGAUAGGAUUUUGGAAUAAUACCCAAACCAUAACGUCUAUAAAGAAAGAAAGUUUGAGUUUUGCUCACAUUUAUGAAACUUUGAGAAUUAUUUUUCAAUCAUCUGUUAUUUGAAUUUUUUAAUUUGCCCAAGUGCACUAAAAUCAUUUCAUCGCGACAUAUCAUAAAUCAAUUUUAGUGUCGAAUAUAAAUAAUUACUUUAUUUACACUGCUCGAAGUGUAAAUAAAGUAAUUAGAAUAAUAAAUUAUUAAAAAAAAACGAGAAAAGAAAUUAUUAAUUAUUACACCAAAUCCUUUGUCUUGAGAAAGUCAUCUUGCACGGUCAGAAGAUGCGUUUUUAGAUUUUUUUUUAAUAUUAGUACAAACAUAGGGCGCAAAUAUUAACGCAAACGCCACUGGAAAGAUUGGAUUUAUUCUUACGUCAUCAACCCAUAUUCGGCUCACUGCUGAGCUCGAGUCUCCUCUCAGAAUGAGAGGGGUUAGGCCAAUAGUCCACCACGCUGGCCCAAUGCGGAUUGGCAGACUUCACACACGCAGAGAAUGAAGAUAAUUCUCUGGUAUGCAGGUUUCCUCACGAUGUUUUCCUUCACCGAUUGAGACACGUGAUAUUUAAUUUCUUAAAAUGCACACAACUGAAAAGUUGGAGGUGCAUGCCCCGAACCGGAUUCGAACCCACACCCUCCGGAAUCGGAGGCAGAGGUCAUAUCCACUGGGCUAUCACUGCUCGAUUUAUUCUUAAAACUAUUAUUAUAUUUUUAAUUACAUACAUAUUAUUUGUCCCGGAGGUGUUACAUCUAAAAUUGAAAAUUCGAAAUCUCUCUCUUGUGUCAUAGAAAAAAUAAAAAUUUUUAAUCGGUCAAGCCGUUUUUUUUUUGAGUUUUAGCGAGACUAAUGGUUGUAUACGUACAAGAAUAUUAUGAUUUUCGCGUAAAACGUGCUAAUAUAAAAAUACUAAAAUAAAAUAUAAAAAUACUCUUGUUGUGAAAUGUACCUAAUUUUGAAGUAUUAGGUGCCUGUUAAGGGACUUCGUCAAUGUAAUUGGAUUUAGAGAUGAAACACUAAAUAUAAAGAAAAAAAAUUGUUUCUCAGAGUUGGUGGGUUAACAGCGUUUCUUACUCUGCAAACAAUUUCGAUUCUAACUGAAGAUAUGCAUUUCCAUAUGGAUUGUGAAUAUGACGGAUACAUGAAUCGGUAAGAAUUAUAAUUAACUUCUAUUUGCAGAUUGUACAAUAUCAGAAUUAGUAUUACCGUAUUGUGUAAAUUUUUUGACAGUUGAAAAUCUCCAGAUAGCAAACUGACAAGAAAGUUACAUAAAUCGGCAGAUUCUUGACACUUAUGUCAUCAGAAAAAAUGUUGAAAGCGGCCACUGAUAAAAUCGGUGGUCUGUGGUGGACCUUACAAUCUAAAUAUUAUUUCGCCAAUUCUCUCACAUAAUCGCGUCAUUGUCAUAAAAAUCGUAAAAUAUAGUUAUAAUAAUUAUUUUUAAAUUAAUAAAAAAUAGUAAAACCACUUAAAAAGACUAAUGAUUAUAAGUUUUUCAAGUCAAUACUUAUAUUUUCGUUUUUUUUUGUAAUGUGACUUAUUUAUUAUAUUGUGAUAAUUAAUUGUAACUCUUUUGUACCUACUUUAGAUAUUCGUUCCGUUGACUGCCUUAGGGUCUUCUUCAAUAAAAAUCGCUUGUAAUAACUGUAUCUUGGUUUUGUUUUUUUUUUUAAUUCUUAACCACUUACCUAUUAUGUAUUUUUUGUUUUCAUUUAUUUUACACUUUUCUUAAAAUCACACAACAUAUAUAUUUUUUCCUUUCAAGUUGAUCUUUGUCGAUAAAACGUCCCGCAUGUAUGUGGCCUAAAACUUGUGAAAUAUUACUAGGUAGACAUUUUUUGUUUUUUUGUAACAAUUUUGUUGAUUUACCAGAUUUUGGCUUAUACAGCUGUAAUGUAAAAUAGCAUUUAUUUAAUGUACUGGUGCUACAAUAUUGACCAUGACGAUAAUGUAUCUGAGUUCAAAAUGAAUAUCUAAUAUGUGGCAGAGGCAGAGUCAAGCACAUUAAAAAAAUAUAUAAUUAAUGCAUGUUCCUACUUUUACAAUAAGGUCAUUUCACAUAGAGCGUUUUCCGUCCAUCGACCUACAUAACAAUUUUAAUUUGCAAAAUCAAUGAUGUUCAACACUGAUUUGCGCUUAAGAAUACUUGGCGGCGUAACGCUACAUGUGUAUUGGCCCUAACGAACCUACAAAUGAGCUGUUAGAAUAUUAGAAAAGGUUCCUCAAAUGGCGUUUAUAAUUUGUAUAAAACAGCAAUGUGCUUGAUAUAAAAUUGGUUAUCAAAUAUAGAAGCUAUUUAAAAUAUUAUGUGCAGGAUCAUCGCAGCAGAUUCUACAGCUUACAAAGUUUAUUAGAUAGUGCUUUUUAAUAAAUAUUAAUUAAUUAAAAAAGAAACUUAUCGGUACUCUGUAUCAGAGUGACUGUUCGCGCCGAUGAACGAAAUCUAUUAAUCAUACUUUUAAUUGUACCACUAGGGAGACGCGUGGCCUCUUCGUGAUAUAAAAGCUUAAAAGAGCCGCGUGUGUGGGUGCCCUUAUAACAUCUACAGACAUGCCAACUUCACUAAACGAUCCGGCUUAUAAUUAUUGUUUAUUAAAACCAUGAAAUAGUAUAAUAAGUUCCUGAAGUUAAUUUAUUAGAAGUUGUAACAGUCCUCUCAGAGUCUAAUUACGAGUAGGAUUAUAGACUGGUUUGUGAUGUGCAAGUUUCAUAGUAAUAGUAUCAAAUAUAGUGAAUAAGAUACCUUACUUUCCUUCCAUACGUUAUACUGCCAUAGUAAGAAAAGUAAAACUGGUAAUAUUAAUCUUUUUAUUUAUCAAAUCUUAAUUAAAGAAAUUUUACAUUGUUAGUUUACUAGAUGGCACUGCAGUUGAGUUGCAGUUGGUGAGUAAAAAUUCAAAAGCAUUCAUGAGCUCGAUUGCCAGAGUGUUCUUCAAGGUGUUCCUUGAUACUAUUGCGAAUAUUUUAUACUAUUAUACUACACAUAUGUAUUUAAAAUCUGUAGUUUUUUGAGUAAAUAGUGGGGCCUUAUUGUUCUGAUAGGUCUGUUCACUUCAACAUAGACUAAAUGAUAGGUUGGCGCGUCUGUAGAUGCUUAACGCUGAGAUUGUAUUUUUUUUUUGCUUAAAUGAAUUAGUUUGUAUAUUAUUCGUGUUGUGUUGUGUUGGACGAGCGAAGGGAGCGACUGCGGAGCGAGGGGCGAGGGCUCGUGCUAGUGAAAUGCUUUAUUAUAAUAAAAACCUAUUUUAACAUCGCACAUUAUAAUAAAUUAAUCGAAAUUGA